CUGUUUACCUCAUUGUGCUUGUGCUUCUUCUUCUGCGCUGCAUACCAAAGGAAAUUUUUGCAGUCGAAAAAUAAAGAACUUUAAUAUUUAAACAAAUGCAGAGCGUUAGUGAAAUAAAGGCAAAGACAAAGCGGGUGCGCUGCAAUCCUACAAGGAAGUGGGCAGUGGCGGAAGAAAAGGCUUUGGUGGAAUUCUUGUUGGCAAGUAGAGAUCUUGAGAGACCGACAGCUGAAAUGUAUUACACCAGGUUUGUUAUGGAGUAUAAUGUUGCAGUGGAGUGGAAGGCAGUGCGCUCCAAAGUUCGCUAUAUGCGUUCUACCUAUAACAAGGCCAAAGGAUGGGAGGGCUCAACAGGUGCAGGGAGUAUGGAUGGAGAAACCAUUAAAUCUGUCCUGCUUAAGAAGUGCACCUUCUUUUAUGAAUUAGAAGAAAUUUUCGGCCACAGACUUGUUGAAUCAGCAGUCAUAGAAGAAAGUUUGGAGAGUCUACUAAACAGCGAUAACGCAUAUUCACCGGAAGCAGGUUUAGAUGAAACAGCGACAUCUUUAAUAACUGAAAAUUUACCUGAAAUGAUUACUGAAAACGAACCAGUUGCUUCAACGAGCCGCAAGGGCAUAUAUUCAAGAACCGUAGUUUCCGACAUUUUACAAUUUCAGUCAGAACUGGUACAGCUAAAAAAGCAUAAAAUAGACCAGGACAUGAUUUUGAGGGAGAAGGAGAUACAGAUUAGGGAAUUAGUGCUAAAAGAAAGGGAAAUAGAACUAAAAGAAAAGCAAGAAUUGAUACUCAAGGAUAAGGAAAUGGAAAUGAAAUUAACAGAACUCAAUAGCCAAGAAAAAAUCAAAAUUAUGGAAUUAGAAAUGAAGGAAAGAUUGGCGAUGGAGGAAUUUAAGCGUAAAUAUAAAUAAGACCGAACAAACUUUCUGAAAAAGUGCACAAGUAUAAAGUUAAAAAAAAAGAAAAGUUAAUGUUAUAAUAACCAGAUAAAUAGUGGGCGUGUAGAUUUUUUUUG